GAUUCCAUAAUCUGGUUUGUUGAAAAUUUAAAAAUUGCAUUAAGAAAUGGUGGGGAGUUUAUUUUCAUGUUAAAUGAUGCUGAGAAGGCUAUUUCAUCCUAUGCUUGCAAUUUUUUUUCCUUUGAUUAAAAUUGUCUCAAUAGAUUUUUUUUAGAUUUUUGCUGAUUUUUGGUACAACAUUCAGAAGUAGGGUCUUAUGUACUGCUUUUUAAGCUACUUUUUUUUUCUUUUUUUUACAAGUAUAUUGGUAGCUACUUAUUAUUAAUAUUCCUUUCGGACUUCUAUAGUAAUUAGUAGCUUUUUAACCCAACAAUUUUUUUUAAUACUUGUAUUUUUUUUAUGUGAAAUAGCAUGUCUACCUUUUUAAGCUUGUAUGUUCUAUUAUACCUACUUCAUUCAAGUUGCUGUAUUUGUUGGUGGUGUGGAUACCUCUACAACUGAGACAAAAGGAAUAGUUCUAAUUCAUAGUGCUGACCAGCUAGAAAAUUAUGCGAAAACUGAAGAAGCUAAAGUUGAGGAGCUUAUAAAGGCAGUUGUUGAUUCCGGUGCCAAAGUAAUUGUUAGUGGAGCAGCAUUUGGGGAGAUGGCACUUCAUUUCUAUGAGCGCUACAAGCUUAUGGUUUUGAAAAUUAGUUCAAAAUUUGAAUUAAGACGAUUUUGCCGCACUACUGGUGCUGUUGCUAUGGUAAGUCAGCUAGCAUUUAAUAGUACUCAAUUUUUUUGA